UGCGCAUGCGUGCAUUGCCUGACAUGCUUUGCCUUGAUUGUGUAGUGAUGGUGGUUUGUGUGCUCGAUUGGUUAUCAACUCAAUGGAUUUCCGUUUUUGCCUGAAUGUAGGAUGUCCAGACUAGCAGACUACUUUGUAGUAGUCGGCUUCGACCAUGAGAAAGAAAGGAGCGGGCUAAGCUGUGGCCGCAUCGAGCAGAGAUUUCCCGAAGAAGACUGGGACGACACUCCAUUCAUCGAGGGCAUCGAAGCCUUCUGCCAACCCCAAGGAUGGGCGCUGGGGACGGCGCGGCGACAGCCCGCCUACUUCGUGGCUGUCCUCACCGACAUAGAUGCCCAGAGGCACUACUGCGCUUGCCUGGCAUUCCACGAGCCUGUGGCUCUGGCUCCUUCCUUGGGGCCAGACGAACAAGAAGAGGAAGAAGAAGAAGCCGGGCUAGAGGGAAGAGGCGGCCUGGACGGACGAUGUCCAGUUCUGGUUCAGCAUCACUCCCUGAUGUACGCCCCAAAGUGUCUGGUGCUGGUGUCGAGACUCAAUUGCAUCACUGCCUUCAAGAACUGUCUCGGCAUCAUCUAUACUGUGUACAUAGACAACAUGCCAAUGAAAAUUGAAAACCUGGUGGGCAGCAUCCUUGGUUGUGUUCAGGUCCCACCUCCUGGAGGGCCACAAGUCCGUUUUUCUAUUGGUGCUGGUGAUAGGCAAGCCUUGCAACCACCACUCAGCCCCUCCUUGCCAACAACGGGUUGUGCCGUCUACAAUUUGUUUCAACAUUUAGGUAUUCACAACGUGGUGACGCUGUUCUGCGCGGCCAUGACGGAACUGAAGAUCUUGUUCCACUCGCGGAGUUACACCCACCUCAACGACGCGUGUUCUGCUCUGACCAGCCUCAUGUUCCCAUUCAAGUACAGCCAUGUGUACAUUCCGCUGCUACCUGCCAGCCUCAUAGAGUUCCUAAGCACGCCGACCCCCUUCAUCAUGGGAGUCCAUUCUUCGCUCAAGUGCGAAGUAGUAGAACUAUUGGACGUACUGCUUGUGGACUUGGAUGGUGGCUCUGUAAUCGUCCCAGAAUGCGUCACUGUGUCGCUGUUGCCGGAGCCCCUCCACACUCAGCUCUACACGCAGCUGUGCAUGGUUCUCAAACCGGAGCUGCUCUCCGCGGACCACGCUUUUCAUCCGGGGCAGAGCCCGUCCUCUCAAGCGGCGAUGUUGGACAAGGAGAUCCGCGCAAUAUUCCUGCGCAUUUUUGCUCAGCUUUUUCAGGGUUACCGUUCCUGUCUCACAGUAGUUCGCAUUCAUCCCAAGCCCUUCAUCACUUUUCAUCGGGCCGCGUUUCUCGGCCAGCGAAACUUUGUGGAAAACGAGUUUGUGACAAAGUUGUUGGACUGCAUGUUCUUCAACACGUUCGUUGCGGAGCGGGGGCUUCCGUAUCGAGUCUGCGACGUUUUUGAUGAGCUUUACGCAUCAAUGAACGACCUGCUCAAGGCGGAGGCCAGAGAUCCUGAGUGUAUGCUCAAACAUAUUCAGCAACUGGCACAACAGUUGUAUAUCAACGAAAAUCCAAAUCCUCAGCCAUACGUUGAGAAGAUUCCAAAACCUACCGAGGGAGCCUUUACGCGGAUUCACCAGCCGCCAUUUCCAAAGCUUGAUGGUGAUCUAGUCAAAUCCGUCAUGGAAGACGGGCUUUCCAAGAACAAUCUUGGAUCAAAAUUAACUACGUUACGGCCACUGCUGCCCCGGAUUGUGCCAAUGGGCCCAGCAGCGGGUCAGAUCGUGGACAACCGCACAGUUGUAACAAAUUCAGCACGGCGAUUAGAAGUCCUGUGCAACUGCAUUAACUACAUCUUCGAUAACAAGAUCUCAGAUGCACGAAAGGCACUCCCUGCUGUUUCCCGAGCCCUGAAAAACAAGGCAGCUCGCUUGGCAUUAACGCAGGAAUUGCAGCAUCACGUAACUGGCAACAAGGCUGUGCUCGAGCACCAACAGUUCGAUAUGGUCGUACGGCUAAUGAACUGUGCUCUACAGGUGAAUGACGACUCUUCCCUGGAUGAGCACGGGGUAGCGGCAGCCAUUUUACCUCUCUCGCACGCUUUCUGCAGAAAAUUGUGCACGGGCGUCAUGCAGUUCGCUUACACGUGCAUCCAGGACCACGUGGUGUGGUCUAACCUCCAGUUUUGGGAGGCCGCAUUUUAUCAGGACGUCCAAAGGGACAUCAGAGCCCUCUACUUGCCACCGCAGAAAGCGAACACUCCCUUGAUGGAAGCCCCACCGUUAGUGUCACCUCCAAUGAGUCCUCGAGAGAGCAAGGAGUUUCCUGGCAAUUGGAUGAGACCUGACGCAACGAGGACAAGUGCGGAUCCUUCCAGUAGAAGGUCAACAGUUCUUAGCAGGCCGCCGGAGCCCAGCCCUCUUGAAAUAGCUGCAGAACAGCUUCGGAUGCAGCAAAGCGGUGCAAUAGUGACAGAUACCCACACGGAACUCUGCAGUCGAGAAGAGUCCACUGUGUACAGCCAGGCCAUCCAUUUUGCCAAUCGCAUGGCAGCACUUCGUGUGCCUCUUGAUGCCAGCCGCCGAGACAAGUCCGCGCAGGAUGCACUGGACUCAAACUCCAACAGCAUAAUCACAAACAGUGUUGCUGAAACAGACAGUGCAGACGGCGAAAGUGGUUUUGGAGAAGAAGAAGCGUGGGAAGCAGUGAGCGCCGUCGUUGUGAAAUUCAUCGGGCGCUUUGUAGACAAGGUGUGCCAUGAGAGCGGUGUCACCGAAGAGCACGUCCGUGCUCUCCACCAGAUGAUACCCGGUGUGGUAACCAUUCAGCAAGAAAUGCUGGAGGCUGUACAGCGCGAGAGCAAACGCUUACCACCUAUGCCGAAGCCCAAGAUACUAGUGCCGAGCCUGCUACCCGGCGAAGAAUUGGUGAUGGAAGGCUUGAGGGCGUACCUGAUACCUGAUGGCCGCGAGGAAGGAACGGGCAGCGUGUGUGGUGGACCGGCUCUCCUGCCUGCAGAGGGAGCUGUUUUCAUAACAAACUAUAGGGUAGUGUUCAAGGGGAUGCCUCUUGAUCAGUAUGCAUGUGAGCAGACAGUCGUUCGAAGCUUCCCUGUGGCGACAUUGACCAAAGAGAAGAAGAUAAUGGUGCAGUAUUUGCAGCACUUGGAGCAAGUAUUGCCCGAGGGACUGCAGCUGCGCUCAAAUACCUUCCAGCUGAUGAAGGUGGCCUUCGAAGACGAGGUUACCUCAGAGAGCAUCGAGGGCUUCCGAAAGUCCCUGAGCCGUGUCCAUUGCCCACAGACCAUAUUCCAGCUCUUUGCUUUCAGCAGUCACAUCACAGCACCUCCUACACCACUUCACAAGAAGGAGAAGCAUGCAACACUCACCGGCAAAGCAAAACGCCACAUCUUGAAAACAGCAAUGCGGGCAGGGUUCAAGCCUCGUCCAUCAUCACGCAAGCAGAAGUAUGUGGUGCAAGGAGGUGCGCCAAUGUCUGCCAGAACUCUUCCGACAGGUCGCGGUGGCGCGUUUGACCAAGAGGGUUCCAACAGGCAGAUGGCACUCUUUGAUGAUGACGUGUCAGAUGAGAACGAAGGGAUCGCAUUACCACCACCACCGGUGACAACGCACCUUCCUCAUCGAACACUGGAGAAAAUGUCCGAGAGCAUCUACUGCAAGGACUACCAGCGACUCCACCUCGGAACACCGUGCAGCAGCUCCGGGGGCCUGACUGGCAGCCUGUCCAAAACUAGGAGCGAUGGUUUCCGUAUCAGCACAGUCAACAACGGGUACUCCGUUUGCCGCAGCUAUCCGUCGCUUGUGGUCGUGCCGCAGAGUGUCUCCGACGACAGCGUGAGGAAGCUGUCACGCUGCUAUCGCCAUUCAAGAUUUCCUGCGGUAACGUGGAGGCAUCCCUCGACCAAGGCCCUGCUCCUGCGAGCGAGUGGUUUCCACGGGAAGGGAGUCAUGGGAAUGCUCAAGGGACAUCCGACAUCUUCGAGUACGUGCUUUCGUCUUUUACGUGGCGCACGUGCAUGUUACAAAGCAUUCGGAAGAGGUUCACCUCGUUCUUUGCGCACUGCAAGUGAAACAUCCGCGUCGAUCGAACAAGAGAAGCUGCUGGCAGCGGUGGUUCGUGCCACUCCGCUGUCUCAACAGAGAGUUCCAGGGGGCGGGGCUAAUGCAGGGGUGCACGAUUCGACUCUCAGCAUCAGCUCGCUGGUGCUCGACGGGGCACACGACAACUUCCCGACACUAACACCGGAGGUCUCUCGACGGUCGCACAACCCGUUUCAGAAAGCGGUCAACAGCUUACGCUCGUCGGGUGGCAAAAGCGGACGUCAACAUACUGACCCCUUCCAAAUGUUCAUGAACAUAAACAGGGGCCUCAUGCUUACACAAAAGUCACGUUGGGGCAGUUUGAAGGAUCGUCGCCAUGGAUCGACGGGAAGCUUAACCUCGGAGUUCAGCUUGAGAGCCUCGCGCUUUGGGGACGGCGUGGACGGUGCUCACGAUGGUGUUCACACGCUCCACAAGGUGGCACUCUAUGUCUUCGGGGAAAAAUCCCAGAUAAAGGGGGUAAAAGCAGAGUCCUACCCCAAUUGUGACUUCAUCCCCAUGGAGUACUACGAGGCUCGGCAAGUAAAAGCGAGCUUUAAGAAGCUGAUGCGUGCAUGCUGUCCCAGUGCUUCACCCGCUAGCCCAGAAGUUAGCUUCUACAAGAUGGUCGAAGGCUCUGAAUGGCUGAACCAGCUGCAGUGCAUCCUCCAGCUCUCUGGUGCUGUUGUGGACCUUAUGGAUGUACAGGGCUCCUCUGUACUUCUGUGCUUGGAGGAUGGCUGGGAUUUCACAUGUCAGGUGUCAUCCGUUGCACAACUCUGUCUGGACCCGUUUUAUCGCACGUGGGAUGGCUUCCGCGUAUUGCUGGAGAAAGAGUGGCUCGCCUUUGGACACAGGUUCACCUACAGGGGAAACCAAACAACCGCCGCUGCGGCUACUGGAUUUGCUCCUGUCUUUCUGCAGUUCCUCGACGUUGUGCACCAGCUUCUGCAUCAGUUUCCCAUGUCCUUUGAGUUCAACGAUUACUACCUCCGUUUCCUGGCUUACCACCACGUUUCGUGUCGCUUCCGCACCUUCCUGCUUGACUCUGAAUGUGAGCGAGCCGAGUUUGGCUGGCUCCCCACGGUGUCCUCCACAAGCAGCAUCCCCGUGGGGGGAUCCCACCUCAGGGCUGGCGGAGGCAGCGGGACGGGCCUCCUUGGCACACGCGGGGGCUCCGCCAGCCUGGACAGCGGCUCGGACGACGACGGCGUCGCUGGGUCGGCGGGAACUGCGGCGGCACGGGCUUCCGCAGCGCCCAGUUUCUGGGAGUACGUCGAGAGGUUGUGGUCCAAGUCGUCCGUCUUCUAUAACUUUUGGUACUGUGCCAAUCUGGAGGAUGAGGUCCUGAGGCCAUACUCAAACAUCUCCAACCUGGAGCUGUGGGAAUACUAUCUAGAAGAGACUUUAGAACAGGGACCUUCUUACGACUUUGAACUCUCGUCCGGUACAUUGGAGCGAGGAACAACCCUGAAGGCGGGUCUCACUGGGUUUGCCAGUGGGGUAGUGGCCCCAGGACAACGCAGGGUCCUGUUUCCCUAUUACGAGGACGUGCAGAGCAUUCAGGUGGACGCCUUCACGCAGCUUCUCGAGGGUCUACAUGACCAAGAGACAGAGUUGGGCCACUUGCCUCAAAAGUGGCACGUUGUCUGGAACAAGCUUGAAGAACCUUCUGUACCUGAUAGCCCCGUGGGGCCACCGUUUACCCUGGAACUGGUUCGAUCCCACGCUCGGGCACUGCACAAACGGUCCACGAUCGAGUUCCUCGUGAGGGGAAAGAUCGCCGGUGGCACUCUUGAUGGGGGGAUGGGAACGGGGGUACCUGCCAUGCCCACUCCACCACAGGUGUACCCGCAUCGAUUUGAGCGUUACAACUACACGACACCGACUAACUGUGACUUCUGCAAGAGCAUUCUGUGGGGUCUCGUGAAAACGGGGAUGCAUUGUGUGGAUUGUGGAUACAAUUGCCACGAAAAAUGCCUUCCCUCCGUGCCAAAGAACUGCACAAAGUACAAGGCGUCCAUUUGCGACGUGGGUGGGGUGUCCAUGGCGAUCUCGAAGGGUUCAAAUGUGGAAAGUGCCUCUGUGAGCUCUGGCAUAACAAUGCACACAUCUAGCCAGUACUAUGACCAGUUCUCGUCCCACUGCCCGGAGAACCGUACCCACGAGGGGUACCUGUUCAAACGUGGAGCUCUGCUCAAGGGCUGGAAGCAGCGGUGGUUUGUCCUGGACUCUACAAAACACCAGCUGCGGUAUUACGAUGCCCUGGAGGACUCCCACUGCAAAGGUCUCAUUGAUCUCUCCGAAGUGGUCUCUGUAACGUCUGCAGUCCUCAUUCAAGGGGCACCCAAAAAGGCGGAUGAAAAGUCCUUCUUUGAUGUGAAGACCAGCAAGCGCAUGUACAAUUUUAUGGCUGCCGAUGCCUCAGCGGCACAGGAGUGGAUUGAGAAGAUCCAGGCUUGCCUCCAGUAAAAUCACGGGGCGUCUUCAACAGAACCGUAGUAUCGUACGGCACCGUUGAAUAUGGCACAAAAGUUGCAUCCGUGGUACAGAAGUUGGUGAGGAAUGCCACGACCACUUGAGAUUCAUGUCUGUACAAAACAUUUUUUUUAAACAUCUAAGCACUGUUGCUGUGCCAGCUUCAAAAAUCAUGCCAAGGUCUCAGCAGAAUGUGUGCCACUGGAAGCUGUGCUAGCAUUACACCUGUGUCCUUCUCAAGGAGCGUCUCUGCCAGGAAGCUUGCAUGCGGGUGUGAUAGCCGAUGGCUCGCUCUUCCUUUUUGUUGUUGCGCUCAAACAAAACCAUUUUCUUACGGUCCAACAGAGGAGAGCAAUUCUCCGUUCAAGACUUGUACGGCAUGUAGGAUACCAACGUAGAAUCUUUUACGAAAUUUUAACGUAAUUUGGACGACCCUGAAAUCGAUGCUGUCAUAGCCGGAGCAGUUUUCCAGGUCUCGUCUUACUGUGCCCACAUAUUACGGGAGAGUUUAUGAUGUGCUUCUACAUUCCAUUAGAACUCCUAUAUGACAAUACGAUGUAAUGUUCAGUUGAAAGUGCUACAGAAAGGCUCGGAACAUUAUUUCGACUGCCAGAAUACUCUCGCCCCGUGAUGCCUCGGAGUGUUUUUCGGUGUCACGUCUAAAACGUGGCAAACUCUUUGCGCAUGUGCCAUGUAACAGUGUAGUGUGCAACUGCUUCCUAGCACCUGAUACUAGAAUUUGCACUGCAAAGUCACUUAUAGGCGAUGUGCAACUUCCUCUGUGUUUCCGACCAUUGCUGUGUUUUGUAAAUAUGCGACCGCGAUACCGUUUUCAGCGGGCUAUGAGAGACAUUAUGAUGUUCUAUAGAGCUAUUGAACACGAUAUGUAACAAUAUACUAUAUAAUGUAAAUAUCUAGUGAUUUAUGUAGGUACACGUGCUUUUAUCAAAGGUGAAGUUGAUGAUCUGGUAUUAUGAAAGGAUACAUCAGAGUUCAGAAUAAAUGUAUUGUCCUUUUUAA